UCCGCGCCGCCCGUCCGGCGACAGCCGCGCCACGCCGCGCCGGCCAUGGAGCCGCCCGUGCCGCCUCAGGAGCAGCCGCCGCGCCCGCGCUCGCACACGGUCACCACCACCAGCAGCUCCUUCACCGCCAACCUGUCGGCCAGCUCUAGCACCCUCGCCUACGACAAGGAGUUCCUGCGCACCGUGCCCGGGCUCCUCAUGGUGACCGAGAUUGUAUUGGGGCUGCUGGUGUGGACCCUGAUCGCUGGAACAGAAUACUUUCUCUAUCCAGCCUUUGGCUGGGUGAUGUUUGUAGCUGUGUUCUACUGGGUUCUCACAGUCUUCUUUCUGAUCAUCUACAUGACAAUGACCUACACCAGGAUCCCACAAGUGCCAUGGACCAUGGUGGGUCUGUGUUUCAAUGGAAGUGCCUUUGUUUUGUAUCUCAUUGCUGCCAUUGUAGAUGCAUCUUCAGUUACCAAAGAUCUGGACAAUCACAAUUACAACAGCUGGGCAGCUUCUUCAUUCUUUGCCUUCGUGGUUACCUCCUGCUAUGCUGGAAAUACGUAUUUUAGCUUUAUAUCCUGGCGAUCACGAACUUUGCAGUAAAUACUUUGUUAAAGUGAAUUCUGUAGUGUAAAAUACCUUGAGGAUUAUUCACUGUUGAUAAAAGCUUGGAAGAUGGGUGAGGUAUUUUUGAACAUUUCUCCUAGAAUUGACACAACAUAAACCAAGAUCAAUUGAUUAUUUAUAAUAAUGCCAUCUUUAGAGACAUUUUUAACCUGACUUUGUACUAUAUAAUAAAAUUUCAUACUGCUUCUUUUAAAAUUAACAUGGUAUUUUUCUAGACAUUGUAUAAUUGUUACUACUAGAACUUUAAAAAAUCUUACUCAAUGUGCCAGGUGUGUAAAUGUAACUUUUUAAGUGUUACAGCUAUACUUUUGAUACUGAAGGCUACCAAAACUAAGACUGAUAUUGUAUCAUUAUUAUGUAUGAAAAAGUGAUAUUGUGCAGGAAAAAAAAAACCACCUGAAAGUUUAAAAAAUAAAUAAAUAAAUGAUCCAACUGUACAUGUUU